AUGAAAAGUCAGGAAAAACACCCGUGUCAACACCCAGGUUGUAGCAAGAGCUUCACGCGCGCAGAGCACCUGCGUCGCCAUGCGCUCAAUCACGAACAGGCCCGCAAUGGCUAUACCUGUGAGCGUUGCUCUGUUCACUUUCAGCGAGCAGAUCUGCUAGCGCGACAUAUGGAGCGACACCAGAAACGGGAUCUUGAAGCUGGAGGGCCCGGGCAGGGGACGUUGAAGACGCGAAAGAGGACUCGGAGGGCGGAGGAUGGGUCUAUUGUUGUGCGUCCUUCGCAACGACAAAUCAGGUCUGCAGCUUCGACCAGAUCCCCCAUCUCGGCGAAUAGUUCCAGUCAGGAGCCAGAAUUGAGAGAGGAAGAACGCUUUUAUAAUAAUGUCCCAUUGUCACCACCUGGCUCGGGCACUGACCCAACCUCAAUGUCAAUGGAUGAUACGGAUCCUUUCUUGGCUUCACUGGUGCCAGCGGGACCCUUUGAGCCAUAUGCUGAGCCAGUGCCUGGACAGUUCGAUGCAGCGGAUGGAUCUUUUGGUGUACAGUUGGAUGGCAUAGGGGAUUAUUUUGGAAUGGACACUGCAACCGACUUCAAUCUCCCAUUUGCAGCAACUUGCAACUACAAUUGGCUCUUCGACGUUUCCUCCCUCGACGAUGCUUUUAAUCAGUUCAAUCUCCCUCUCGGAUUUGACACAGCCCCCAUUUUGGAACAAUUCAAUUCGAAUCCAGCGGAAAUAAGCGAGAAGUAUGAUGGCCCGUCGGCCUUGCUCAUGGCAUCAAUCAUCGACAGAGGCGAAACAUUUGGUGAAACUAUAUCACCUGCCCUACCUAGUAUCCCAGACCUGGAUUGGAUGUCUGGGGAGGCAGCGUUGGACCCGGAUCUUCCAAAAAAUCUACCGAUAGUAUCGGAAGAAGCCCGAAAAAGCAUUCUAGCACUAGUGGCACAAGCCCACCCGACAAGUAUCGGUGGAGACCCCAUGGUGCUUGACUCGCCGCUCCUCACACUCGCUGCGCUCCAGUCGUACUGCGACAUGUUCUUCGAUCGCUUCAAUACAACAUACCCUCUAAUUCACCAGCAUACAUUCAAUCCAAACACCGCGCCGCCAGUAUUUCUCGCCUCAAUUCUCUUCAUGGGUGCAACAUACAGCACACGCGAGGCCCACCAGUUGGCAGUAGAGGUCCACGAUGUCCUACGAAGUCAACUACUCUGCCAUCCUGACUUCUCACCGCAAGCUGACCUUUGGGUCUUGCAGACAAUGCUUCUGAUAGACUGCUUUGGCAAGAUGCGAGCUGGUCCAAAGCAGCGUGAGCGCGCACAACUGUUUCACUGCGUGCUUAUCAAAAUGAUCAGACGAAGUAACUGUUGUGGUAUACGCGAUGUGUCGAACUUGAACCAGUCAGGGGAUUUGGAACAACUGUGGCGACAGGCUAUGGAGGAAGAACAGCGUAAGCGGGUGGCUAUACAUUGCUUUAUGUGGGAUACACAACACGCAGUUCUCUUCUCGCAGUCGCUGUGUAUGUCUGCCUUCGAGAUCAGAUCUUCGCUCCCAUGUUGCCCUGCAGCUUGGGACGCCUCUUCUGCGCGGGAGUGGUCGCAGCACGCCUUUCGUGAAGAGAACCGGCCGUUCCUUACUGUUCUGAAAGGAUAUAUUACACCGUCGGCUGUUGCGCGGCCCCGAGAUCUGAACUUCUUUGCCCGAAUCGUGGUGCUGCACGGGUUAAUGUCUGUCUCUGCGGACCUGAAACGUCGCGAUCAAACAACGUUACGGUCGGAGACCCCCGAGCGUGUCGGGGCUUGGACCCCGCGCAUGGGUCGGUCCUAUGAUCUAUGGAAAGUCGACUUCGAUGCCGACUGCCUUGCCAUCAAGCUCGCUCAGACUGCCAGCCAUCGGCAGUUUACGGGACUCAAAAUUUCGGGAUAUGCUCUUUAUCAUGCAGCGUAUCUCGCAUUGAACGUCGAAGUCCUCGAUUUGCAGAUUGUUGCUGGCGCAUGUCAGAUCCUGGGGCGUACAGUGACUGAGGCUGAUCAGGCACGGUCGCUGCGAAAUAUUACCAGAUGGCUACAGGAGGAAUCUGGACCCUCCUGUACGACGGCCCGACAAGCGGCGUCAUUACUCCAGGAUGCGGUGCUGAGUCUUGAUGACUGGGACCAGGCUGAUUCCUUCCACUUCCCUUGGUGUUUGUAUCUCUGCACGCUGGCCUGCUGGGUUUUCCACCGUGGGCCCAAUAUCUCCUCUGACGAGAACCGGAUCAACACUGAUCUGUCUUCAUUGAUAGUGAUGCUAACCAAUUGUCCCAGCCUACCGGAGCUAGCGGUUCUAUCUGGCAAAUAUUGCCCUCGCCCUCUAGCAGCGGCUAUGGCCAAACAACUGGCGACCGUUCGAUGGGCCGUUGUUCACGAUGCUAUGAAAGUUUUGAUGAGAUUGUCAUGA